ACGUGACGCGCUGUCACGUGACGGAGCGAUGGGGACUACGCUGGACGUGCGGGUGAAGCGCGCCGGGAAGGUCUAUCGCGAUGGGGAAGUUCUUUCUGGAGUGGUGGUCAUAACCAGUAAGGACACGGUGCAGCACCAAGGGAUCUCCUUAACCAUGGAGGGCUCAGUAAAUCUGCAGCUUAGUGCCAAAAACGUGGGUGUGUUUGAGGCCUUCUGCAACACUGCCAAGCCUAUUCAGAUUAUCAACAGCACCAUUGAAAUGGUGAAACCAGGGAAGCUCCCCAGUGGCAAGACAGAAAUUCCCUUCGAAUUCCCGCUGCAAAUGAAGGGCAACAAAGUUCUGUAUGAGACAUAUCAUGGAGUCUUUGUCAAUAUCCAGUACACCCUGCGCUGUGACAUGAGGCGCUCGCUGCUGGCAAAGGACCUGACCAAGACUUGUGAAUUCAUUGUCCACUCCCUGUCACAGAAAGGGAAGCUGCUGCCGAGCCCUGUGGACUUCACCAUUACUCCUGAAACUCUGCAAAAUGUUAAAGAGAGAGCCUCCCUUCCCAAAUUCCUGAUCAGAGGGCACCUGAACUCCACCAACUGUGUGAUCACGCAGCCGCUGACGGGGGAGCUGCUGGUGGAGAGCGCCGAGGCGGCCGUCAAGAGCAUCGAGCUGCAGCUCGUGCGUGUGGAGACCUGUGGGUGCGCUGAGGGCUACGCCAGGGACGCCACGGAGAUCCAGAACAUCCAGAUCGCCGACGGCGACGUCUGCAGGGGCCUCCCCAUCCCCAUCCACAUGGUGUUCCCCAGGCUCUUCACCUGCCCCACCCUGGAAACAACCAACUUCAAAGUGGAGUUUGAAGUGAACAUCGUGGUCCUUCUGCAGGACGACCAUCUCAUCACGGAGAACUUUCCCCUGAAGCUCUGCAGGAUGUGAACACCCACAGGAGCAACAGGGAAGGAUUUAACUGGGAAUUCCUCAGAGGGGAAGUCGAACUUUAUCCAUGCCUGACUUCAGCAGGAGCCACCUCACUUCCUUCUCCCUUUUUGUGCUUUCACUUUCCUGUUAACCUUGCCAAGACUUGGCCUCUCUGAAUUUCCCAAUCCUGCUGCCUUCAACAACAUUUUCUCCAAUUUUUCUCAGGCAAAUCCUAAAGGAAUCAUUCUGUACCUUUCUUACAGCUCGUGGGAGGAUGUAGCAAGUUCCUCUCUUGAUUUAAUUUUGUAAUACUUGUUCCAAAGUCCUUUGAAGACCCCUGAAAACUCAUAAAUCCCAUUACAGCUGUACUGGGAGGGGAUGGGAAUUAUGACAGAACGAGAAAAAGGGUUCUGAAGGUCUCAAAAAUGCUGCUACAACUCUGGAAGGUGUUGCUGUGGGAUCAGUCCCAAGGUAGAUGGGAAAUGAGUGAUUUCAAAUCACACCAAGGGAAUUUUGGUCAAACUAAGAACAGGAGUUGGUGUUGGAGGAAUAAAUGAAUGUGUUUGUACAACUUAAAUGAAAAAUAAUUCACUAAGAAAUAACCUUCCCAACUCAAACAGGUUGUGGACUUUGAUGUUUUAAUGGAACAGCCACAACUUGUGGAUUUUCCAUCAAUUUUCCAUGUGGGGUAGAGGCAGGCUCAGUCUGUAUCAUGGAAAUUGGAAGUGUAAAGAUGAGCACCUAAAAAGGUAGAAUUAAGAAAACAGAAAAAGAAUUUCCUUUGGUUUAUCCA